AUGUCUUCGUCAACAGCUUCCGAUUUGCCGCGAGCACUAAAGAUAGGGAUUAUCGGUUUCGGACCAUUCGGACAGUUUCUGGCAGAAACCAUGUUAAGACAAGGUCAUUCCAUAACGGCGACCUCAAGAUCUGACUACUCCAGGCAAUGCGCUCAUUUGGGUAUUUCAUUUUUCAGGGACAUGGAUGGAUUUCUCAAGUCAGGGAAUGAAGUUAUUCUGCUCUGUACUUCAAUCCUUUCUCUGUCGGAAGUGAUUCAGUCCAUGAAGUUCGAGUGCCUCAAACAGCCCACACUCUUUGUUGAUGUACUCUCGGUGAAAGAAUAUCCAAAACAUGUUCUUAUGCAAGCCCUACCUCCAGAAUCGGAUUUGCUCUGCACCCACCCCAUGUUCGGGCCAGAAAGUGGAAAGAACGGGUGGAGAGGCUUGAGGUUUAUGUAUGAGAAGAUCAGAAUAAGGGAUGAAGUUAUAUGCUCUAGUUUCCUCUAUAUUUUUGAGAGUGAGGGCUGCAAAAUGUUGGAAAUGACCUGUGAAGAGCAUGACGAACUUGCUGCCAGAAGUCAAUUUCUGACUCACAUGGUUGGAAGGGUGCUUACGGAGAUGCAGAUUGAGCAGACACCAAUCGACACAAAAGGAUUUCAGAAGCUUGUUGAAGUGAAAGAUAGCACAGCGAAAGACAGCUUUGAUCUCUUCAGUGGACUGUUUGUGCAUAAUAGAUUUGCAAAACAACAGCUGAAGAACUUUGAAACAGCCUUCGAUAAGGUUAAACAGGAGCUGCAACAGAAGACAAAUGAAACAGAACCCCAACAGAUGACACGGAGCUUGUCCAAGUUUUAG